AUGAACAUAGGGGCGAAUCGUGGCGGUCCACAGGCCGUCGCGUCCUCGGCGGUUGAGUUGGAGGUGACCGAACUGAUUGCGCGCCAGAUGUCUUCUCGCAGUCCGGAUGGUGAUCCGGACGCCACGGCCCGCCUCGUCGAGCACAUCCGCCACGGCAACGGUGGCUUUGUACUGGAGGGGAUCCGCCAAAACUUCAAGUACAACCCACCAGCGACGCAGAUCUGCAUGAUAACAGUGAUGGAUCAAUGCGUCAUCCAAAGUGGUCCGCAGUUUGCCGUGAUGCUGUCGGCGGAUAAGUGGACGGAUCGCCUGUUCAAGGUGGCUAAGACGACCACUUCAGCUGAGGUGCGUGACAAGAUUAUGAGCACCGUCAUCAAGUGGUACCAGCUCUACCACACAAAUGGGCACCAACGUCUGAUCCAGCGCUUUCAGCAGAGCCGCGUCCUCGGUGAGCCGUUCCAGAGCAUCUUCGCCAAGAUGCUCAAAGACAAGCAGCAGCCCACCAAUAAUAACCCUCAACACAACUUCGCCUCUCUCAACAAUACCAACCGCAACGAUAUCCUCGAUUCGGAGGAGGCGAUUCUGCUGGAGUGUCAGGGAGAUCUGGCCUCUCUUGAGUACAUACUGGAGCAUCCGUCAAUUCUCUCGGACAAAGAGAUUGUCCAGGAAUGCAAACAGCACAAGCUGGCAUGCAUACGCAUGCUCGAGUCUGGCGAUCACAGUCGCAUCGGAAAUGAGCUGAUGAGUCUUAUCGAGCGCUUUACCGAGGCUCUGAGCCUGUACGAAGCCAUGGCAGGCUUUGACGUCGGCGACGGUCAAUCUUCCAAGAGACGCUCCCUAGGCGACGAGGACUUGGCGGAGACAGAUAGCGACGAUGACGACGUGCAGCGACAGCUGCGCCAGCGCCGCGGGGGUGGCCGACGUGCUGACGCAGCCGAGGUGAUGAGGAAGGCACAGCAGGAGACGGAGAAUUUGAUGAACCGCGAGCGAGGUGAGACGCAGAACCUGCGCGCACAGCUGGAAGAACUGCGCCAGAAGCACGAGGAACUGCAGAACAAGUACAAGGACGCCAAGGCAAAGAACAAGGAGGCCGUCAGCAUGCUGGAGCAGUACGCUGAACGUGUGGAGUUGCUGGAGAAGGGUGGCAGCAUGGACGGCUCCCAUCUGGCGCCUCUGCCGGUGCUGGGUGCCUCCCCGCUUGGCGCACGGAGUGCUGCUGGCACUACCCGCUCUAUGCCACCGGCAUCGACCGACCACAUGCGAAGUCUUGUGGCGUUCAUUCGAAAGUGCCAGCGCGAGAUCAAAGAGGUUCUCUGCUCUGACAUCACGAAGCAGGCUCAGCUGUUUUCAGCGCAGAUGUCGAACGCUAUGGCGGCCAUGGUUCAGGCGAGCGAUGUGGACCGCAAGGCCGACCAAAUGGCACUGCAGUGGACGCAGGAGCUAUACAAGCGCGAGAUGAAGCUGCGCAAAAGCUACUACAAUACUAUUCAAGAGCUGAAGGGCAAUAUCCGCGUGUACUGCCGCGUGCGACCGAUGUUGCAGAGGGAGAUCGACGGCGGCCACAAGGACGUCAUGUCGUACCCCUCGCAGGACGAAGUGAAGUUCGUGGACUCCAGCGGGCGACCUAAGCUCUUCGAGUUCGACGAGGUCUACCCGCCGUCGGCGCCGCAGUCGCGCGUAUUCGAGGACACGGCUCCGCUUAUCGACAGUGUCGUGGACGGUUUCAACGUCUGCAUCUUUGCCUACGGCCAGACCGGGAGUGGUAAGACCUUCACGAUGAACGGCGCUGACGGCGAGAACAAGGGCAUCAACACGCGUGCCCUCGAGAGACUCUUCGAAAUCAUUGAGGAGCGCAAGGAGACGGAGACUUCGGUCGUGAUGAUUUCUGUGUUGGAGAUUUACUGCGAGCAGAUCCGCGACCUACUGGCCACCAAGAAGGAGGCAGCCGGGCUGACGUACGAGGUAAAGCAGGGCGGGCCGUUUGGCACGUAUGUGACGAACAUUAAGGAGGUGCCGGUGACGUCACCGAGGGACAUUGACAGCAUCAUGGCGACGGCCCAGACACACCGCAGCGAGGGCACGACAAACAUGAAUGAGCACUCGUCGAGAUCACACAUGCUUCUGUAUAUCAUUGUGCGCACGACGAACAAGCAGACGAAUAUCCAGAGCUACGGCAAGCUGUCGCUGAUCGAUUUGGCCGGUAGUGAGCGCGUGGAAAAGAGCGGCGCGGAGGGUCAGCAGCUCAAGGAGGCCGUGGCGAUUAACAAGUCGCUGUCGGCUCUUGGUGACGUGAUUGCCGGGCUCUCUCAAAACGCCAAGCACGUGCCCUUUCGUAACUCUGCCCUCACCUUCCUGCUCCAGGACUCCAUGGCCGGGCAGGCAAAGGUGCUCAUGUUUGUCUGCGUAAGCCCGGCUAGCUACAACGCCAGUGAGUCGAGCAGCUCGCUGCUCUUCGCCUCUCGUGCCCGCGGCGUCGCGUUUGGCCAGAUCAAGAAAAACGCGACGACAGCGGGGGCGUAG